GAAGAAGUUUUAAUUAGUGACCUUUUGACAUUGGCAUACCUCCUCUGAUCUACCUGUAUUAGCUGUCUGAUCGACCAGAGAUAUAUAUAGACCGGUAUAAUACAGAAUGAAAUUUGCUGCUAAAGGAAUAUAUUGUGCUGUGGUCCUUUCAAUUGUUGGUAUGCUUACUGGAUGGAUAUUCUUGCAAACCAGCUCAGCUUGCUGCAGACAAGGGGAGGAGCUGGGAAGCCAAGGAAUGUAUUACAUGGAGUUUUCAGUUCAUUUUCGAGGAAAGACGUACAAUCAUGAUCUUGUCUGUACGCACAUUUUUGAGGCUAAUCCGGUUGAAAUGAAGAAGGCGAUUAUUACUGUUAACCAGAGUGAGCUAAAUUGGAAAAUUGCUUCCAGUGAGUUCUAUCACCAUGCCAAUAGCUGCGAUUGGAUCAGAAAAGAGUUUAACAGGGAUUAUUUUGUGUCAGAACAAGAGCAGAAGUUUCCCCUAGCAUUUGCGUUGAAUACUUAUAAUUCGGCGUACCAGAUUUUUCGGUUCCUCAAAAUCAUUUACAGACCUCACAAUGUGUACUGCAUCCAUUACGACCAAAAGUCAGAAAAGUCUUUCAAGAAACUGAUGAUCUAUAUUUCUGUAUGCUUGCCUAAUGUGAUUGUUCCCAGCAAGAUUGAAAACGUUGUAUGGGGGUGGCACACAAUAGUAGAUGCUCAGAUGAACUGUAUGGAAAAUCUGUAUGAGUUGCGACACAAGUUUCCUUGGAGGUACGUGAUUACUCUGUGUGGAAAGGAAGUUCCAUUGAGAACAAAUAAAGAAAUCGUAGACACUCUUCGUAAGUUAAAUGGCACCUCAGCAGUUGAGCUGGUGGGUGCUUUAAAGCAUGAAAUCCAGAGCUAUUGGUCCUUUAAGCAUGUUUUGAUAGAUGGAGAAGUGAUACAAUCAGACCAAAAACUUGGACCAGUACCUUUUAAUCUCAACGUAACUAAGAGUAUGGCCUACUUUGGACUGUCACGAACAUUUGUCAAUUUUUUACUACAUAAUGAAACGGCUAUCAAGUUUCGGAGAUUCAUGGAUGAUACUAAAAUCCCUGAUGAACACUUCAUUGCAACGCUUUUUAAAGAAGGUGUACCUGGUGGAAAAGAUGAAAGAUACUCGAACUUCACUCCUACAAUUUCAUCAUAUCUGUGGAUAUAUUCAGAGGAAACAAAAGAACAGUGCAAUGGAAUUAAUGUAAAUAACAUUUGCAUUGUUUCAAGUGUUGACCUUCAUCGAUUGGACUACAAAUACGAUCCCCAAAAAAAUCACCAGACAUUCUUCCACAACAAGUUCUUUAUUGAGAAAGACCAAGUUGUGAUGGACUGCGCUGAGACAGAGCUUAUUAGGAGAAACAGAGAAGAGUGUUUAAAGGACGCAGAAUCACUACACCUUUCAAGCCCAUACUAUUCAGCUUGUGACAGUGCAUGGCAGCGAAGUUGAUUGUUACUGAUUAUAAUUAUUAUACAGUGAUUUUAUCACGUGCAUGUUUGGACCAUAAUUUUA